AUGAUUAUAAAUGCUGACCCAGCACCACCUGAGCAGCCAGGAACACACAGGACUCAAGUCUUUUUAACUCCACAAAUUACUCAAUGUAAAGACUUCAAAAAUGUACGAACAAAAGUUCCCCGAUCUUCAAUCAAAGAUUCCUGUGACAGUGGCACGACACAGCCAAUUUAUUUGAGAUUAGAAACAGAUACAUUUGAAGAUGACAAACCAAAGUCGAGCACCGAACCAAUGGUUCCAAAACCACAUAUUGGAUUGUCUGGUACAAAGACCCAAUAUGGGAAACGGUGUUUUGAAAGUUUAUCAUCACAAGACUGCUUGCCAAUUCCAAAAGAGCUCUAUUCAAUCCUGUCUGAAAAGGAGUCUGGUAAUGAGUCAGGUUACAGCUCUCAAAGUGCAAGUUACUUGAAGUGUCAACCAUUGGAGAAGGGAGCGGAUAAUUUACUGGAUAAUUCUGAGCAACUGGUUGAUGUUGAAAACUUAGAGACUAAGCAGAAUAGCUCUUCUGAGGAACUGGGCAAUAUCUCUUCGGACAAAAAGAUUCGUUUCUUACGAACAGCCAGUGCACUUCAGCGUUCAGGAUUGAUGGAAAUAACUAUCAAGACAGCAGAUAUUCUUAAGCAGAACCGUAUUGUGAACAGAGAAAUUGAACGGCUACACCAAGAUACCCUGAAAUUCUUGCAGAGUGUCAUAAAAAAUCCAGAAAAUAAAACCUUUCAAGAAACAAUAACAAAGAACUUUAACAGCCAUUCCUGA